AUGGCUUCUGCAGCUGUCCAACUUCCCAGUUCUCAUGGCUCUCUGACUUCAGAAAAGCCCGGAGUCUCCGUCUCCGAAAAGCCUCACCAUGUCCAGACUAUACUUAACUACUUCAAAGAGAACGAGGAUGGCUCUCCCCCAGCACCAUCGUACGUUGGCAGACCGGAAACCUACGACCGACCUGUGUAUCCUCUCGCUGCCACCAUCCACGAUAUCAGCGGCCACGAACUUGACUACAAGCUCGACAGCCAUGGAUUCCAACUCUACUAUCAUGAAAGCCAAGAGAAGGACUUUCUAGACGACGAGAAAAUCAAGACGGCAUAUUACGCGGAAACAGAACAGCUCCUAAAAGACGCCACGGGUGCCUCCCGCAUCUUCAUCUUCGACCAUACCGUCCGCCGGUCCCAAACUGAUAAGUCCAUCGGUGCCCAGCUCCGCGGACCUGUACAACGCGUACACGUCGAUCAAUCCUAUAGCGCAUCCAAGAGCAGAGUCCCCUUCCAUCUCCCAGACGAGGCACCCGAGCUUCUCAAGGGCCGAUACCAGAUUAUCAACGUCUGGCGUCCGAUCAAGACAAUUCUGAAAGAUCCACUGGCUGUGGCGGAUGCACACUCGGUGCCAGAUAGUGACCUUGUGCCCCUCGGGCUCAUAUACCCGGACCGCGAGGGCGAGACAUACUCCGUCAAGCCGGAUCCUAAUAUCAAGUGGUAUUACCGCUACGGUCAGACUCCGGACUUGGUGACACUUAUCAAGUGCUUUGAUUCCAAGCUUGAUGGAAGAGCUCGUCGUGUGCCUCAUACUGCUUUUGUGAACCCGGAAACGGAACAUGAAGCCGGAAGAGAGAGUAUCGAAGUGCGAGCGUUGGUUUUCCAUCCUGAUGAUCGUGACUAG